GGGCGUAGUGUCAAAACGGUCUCAUCCUUAAACAUCCACUAGUAUUAUGGCUGACGACCAGCUGGAUCUGGUGUCCCGGGACCCGAACGGAGUUAACGCCCAUUUAGGGACACUUUUGUUUAACGAUGUCCUUGGUGAGCCCGAUGGUACCCACAGUAUCGACUGCGUCUGGAAGCUGUCCUACAUGUGUUUCGAAUGCUGGAAGGGUCUCUGCUACAAACUCCUCACCCUCUUCUGUGGUAUCUGUAUUGCAGCGGAAUGGGGCUGUGAGUUCGCCUACAUAGCGUUCUAUCAUGUAUGGUUUCUAUCCCCAUGCAUGAAGAUAUUUGAAAUCAACUGCGUACUUUGUCAAAAAAUCUACGCCACUGUCAUUAACUGUUGUAUGUUGCCAUGUUUUGAGGCGCUAGGGGGAUGUUUCAUACACUUUAAAAGAUGAUCGAUUUGUAUACCAACUGAUGAUGAUGAUGAUGAUGAUGAUGAUGAUGGAUUCACUUCUGGUUCAAAUACAACCUUUUUUCAAUGUAUAAUUUAUAAUAACUUGUUCUACAGUUUACUUUAAUAAUAUUGAAACUAUUAUGUCACAUUAAUGUAUACCAUAUCAGUUACCAUUA